GUUAGCGCGCGCUUACAGCUCAAACCUUCCCUCUGUAGUGACAGUGGUGUCUGCGUGCUGCCCUUCUGCCUCCAAACAACACAAAGCCUGCUCUCUAAGAGGACUCUCCGUCACUUCACUCGGUGAUAACUCAAACUACAGACUCCCUGUUUGACGGAGUGACGCCACAGGCGACAGAAAACACCUCCUCGUUUGAAUCUACGCAGACUUAAAAACUCCACCGCCACCAUGUUUGAGGCUCGCCUGGUCCAGGGAUCCAUCCUGAAGAAGGUCUUGGAGGCUCUGAAGGACCUGAUCACAGAAGCCUGCUGGGACGUGAGCUCGUCUGGGAUCUCGCUGCAGAGUAUGGACUCGUCUCACGUCUCCCUGGUGCAGCUCACCCUCAGGCACGACGGCUUCGACUCGUACCGCUGCGACAGAAACCUCGCCAUGGGAGUCAACCUCAGCAGCAUGUCAAAAAUCCUGAAGUGUGCAGGAAAUGAAGACAUCAUCACCCUCAGAGCAGAAGACAACGCAGACACACUCGCUCUUGUGUUCGAGACGCUCAACCAGGAGAAAGUCUCAGACUAUGAGAUGAAGCUCAUGGACCUGGACGUGGAGCAGCUCGGUAUUCCAGAGCAGGAGUACAGCUGCGUGGUGAAGAUGCCCUCUGGGGAGUUUGCCCGUAUCUGCCGUGACCUGUCCCAGAUCGGUGAUGCCGUCAUGAUCUCCUGCGCCAAGGACGGAGUCAAGUUCUCCGCCUCAGGAGAGCUGGGCACAGGGAACGUCAAGCUGUCCCAGACCAGCAACGUAGACAAAGAGGACGAGGCGGUUACUAUUGAGAUGAAUGAACCCGUCCAGCUGAUCUUCGCCCUCAAUUACCUGAACUUCUUCACGAAGGCGACGCCACUGUCCAAGACCGUCACCCUCAGCAUGUCCGCUGAUAUCCCCCUCGUGGUGGAGUACAAGAUUGCUGAUAUGGGACAUGUCAAAUACUACCUGGCGCCGAAGAUUGAUGAAGAGGCUUCCUAAGUUGUUUAAAAACGGCCCAAAAAGGGAGAAUAGAGAACAGCAGGCGGCUGGGACUUGUCCUGAGUGAUUGAAGGGCUGAGGUGAUCUCAUGGUGGUUGGUGAUCUGAGGUCUCUUCUGAUCUCUUCGUGUCUAAUGAGAUUCAAAUCAGGAGGUGUAUCAACUGUUAUGAACUGUCAUCUGUGAUGCCAUCUGUGUGACGUGACGAAGCGUCAGAGCAGCUGGCCGUGGUCCAGACAGCCCCGGUGUAAAUUCCAGCACUAGUUCACUUCACUUUUGUGUCUCGCUCUCUUUUUGCCCAUUUUUAGGAAAGCUGGUUUCAAUUAUCCCGUCUCUUCUUGUAGAUAACACAUUUGUAAAUACUUCCUGUGGUUUCGCACUGUCGGUCAACCCCAAAUGUUUUUGUAUUCAUUGAUUCAGUCCAAAAUAAAUGAUUCAACUUGUUUCCAAUA